CUAAAGUUGUGCUGUUUUGUAGGGCUGGAAAAUGGCUUCUAAACUUUCUAGAAAUUCCAGGAGUUAUUCCGAAGGGGACAUUAAUAAACGAAGGGAGGAAAAUACUUCUUUACGAAAGACGCUUGAUGAAGUUUCUGACCACAAGGGGGCGCCAUCCGUCUCCCAGGACAACCACGUUUAUUUAGAGAGAAUCCUUUCGCUGGAGACACUGAGGGAGAAAAACUCACAGCAGAUCCUGGCCAGAGAUCAGGAAAUCGCCUACCUUUGGCAGAUGCUUCGGUCAGACACUGUGACCAACCUUCAUACCCAAAUCAUCCAGCUGAGAGCAGAGGCUGAAAUAAGAGAGACACUCUAUCACAGCCUCAAACAGGAGACAGAGGAGGUGAAGAAAAAAGUGGAAGCUGUCUUACAACAAACAAGCAAAGUCAUAGAGAAGAACGAGCAGUGGCUUAUGUAUGAUGAGCAGAGAGAGUCUUAUGUAAAGGUGGUACUAGCAGAAAGGUGCCAGCUGGAGCAGGAGUUACAUCAGUUCAAAAAUGCCCUACUACAGAAAGAGAUCACGGUUGAUACAGAAGAUGAAGAGCGAGAGUUGGAGAUACAGCAGUGCUAUGAGAAGCUUGUCGGCGAGCUCGAGAGAGAACAACAAAAGGGUCAGCAGCUGCUAAGUGAACACCAUCAGAUCAGAAAGGAACUGGUAGAGGAGAGGCUGAAGUCAGCAGAGCUUCAACAGCAGAUUCACCUGUCUGCCAAGGACCUUCGAGACGUGAAUCAUGAAAAUCAGCAUCUCCAACGGCAACUUCACAGAGUUCUAAAGAAGCUGCAAAAGGCUUUGGAAAAAGUGGUCAUAUUAGAAUCUGAGAAAGAGAGAGAGACAUCAUCAACUGUGUCAAAAGCCUACGCUGACCUGGAAAGAGUUCCAAAAGAAAGUCCUCCGAGCUGUUCAUCAUCUCCUGGAAGUCUCAAUCUCCUUGACAAAAGUUUUCUGGAGUGUCCAGUUUGUAGAGUUAAAUAUCCAACUAAUGGCCAUAGAGAGCUGCUGGUACAUAUUGAUCACUGCUUUGGUACAGAUUGAUGUUAUCCAAUUAAAGUUUACAGCAUUUUGAUUUUGAAGAAAACUGAAUGGCUUUUGAAGAAAACCGAAUGGAAUUUUGAUAUAUUACAUGUUCACUAAAUCCUAGUUUUCAGUUAUGCUUAAAUAUUUCAAUAUCCACUGCUAUAUGUAUUUGUUAACUAUUUUCAUGUUCAUUCAAUUAAACACUUAGACGUCUGUUUUAUUCAUUAUGCACUAAUGUCAGUACGUCUUUCUUACCCCAUAUUA